GGGAAUCUGGGUGCAACAGUGGACCCCCCCUCUUUGAGAGAGCUUUUCUCCUCUGGAUGUUAUGGCUGAAAUGCUGAGUCCGCCGGGCCUGCUGACUAUGCCCCGGAGCCCCACCUCCAGUGAGGAUGAGAUGGCCCAGAGCUUUUCAGACUACUCCGACUGCGACUCCGACAGCUCCCACGAAGAGACCAUCUACGAGACCAUAAGGGCCACCGCCGAGCCCCCGCAGAACCACAUGGACGACAUCCACGUCAACUCGCUGGUGAUCCGCGUCGUCAUCCCAGACCUGCAGCAGACGAAAUGCAUGCGGUUCAACCCGAAUGCGACGGUCUGGGUGGCCAAGCAGCGGAUCCUGUGCACGCUCAAUCAGAGCCUGAAGGACGUGCUCAACUACGGGCUCUUCCAGCCGGCUAGCAACGGGAGGGACGGCAAGUUCCUGGACGAGGAGCGCUUCUUUCGAGAGUACCCCCAGCCAAUCAGCAAGGGCGUCCCGUCUCUGGAGUUCCGCUAUAAGAGCCGAGUCUACACGCAGCCCAACGUGGACGAGAAACAGAUCGCCAAACUUCACACAAAGGCCAACCUGAGGAAGUUCAUGGACCUCAUCCAGCACAACCAGGUGGACAAAGUGUCUAAGAUGUUGGAGAGAGGCUUCGACCCCAAUUACCACGACAGUGAGACCGGUGAGAGUCCUCUGACGUUUGCAGCUCACCUGGACAACAUGGUGGGGUUGAUCAAGGUGCUGAAGACGGGCGGAGCUCACCUGGACUUCAGAGCCAAAGACGGCAUGACGGCCCUCCACAAAGCCGCCCGCUCCAGGAACCUGGACUCACUCUCGGGCACAGAUGUGGAGAGCAGCGUUCCCCAGGCGUUCUGGGCGCUCAUGUCUGCGCCGUAG